UCAAAUCUGGUGAAAAUCAAACAUGGCGUCAGCUAGGUUAUCACCGUGAAGUGUUGAACAGUCAAUAAUCAUUAGUUCUCUCAAGUUUAUGCGAAUUGUUUCAUCAAGGAUUGUUUGAUAGAGACCAUUGUGUUCUCGGAGAGACAUCGUCGUCGCUCUGAUAACCACUCAUCCUAAAACACUCGCCCGUAACCCCCGGUGAUCCGCGUGCAAACGGCAUCGUAAACAGUGGUUUUACUCGGGUGUCCGCUAGUUCCUUUUUUUUUUUGUUCAACUCUUUUCCACAUUAACUUUUUCUCGUGUAAAGAAUAUAACACACCCUGCUGGGAACACCGUUGCAAUUCAUUUAUACAAGUUUAUGUGGGCUUAAUGGGGUUGAUUGUUGAUGUGUGGCGACAGAAGGAGGGCGGAGAACCUCGUGGAAGGAUUCAAGAAAUAAUUGUCUUACCGGUUUGUCGAUAAUUGAGAUUGGGAGAUGUGCUCGAGUUAUCAGAGGCUGUGAGUGAACUUUCAUGGAGUUGUGAAAGCAUUUUUAGUGCAAGAAACAAGUAAAUUGUGCAAUUAUUGUAUCCUCGAUGAUUUUAUUGUUGACGUAAAUUAGUCUUUAGUGUUGUGAGGAAAUUUGACAACUCUUGAAUCCUUGUGAGGCCCCUCGAGAGGAUUUCUGACCCACUGGCAAGACUCAUCAAGACUGGGGAAUGAAAAACGAAUCACUGAAAAUUGUAAUUAUGUUAUCGUGUUACAAUUUUGAUCUAGGCCUGUUCAAUUUGAUGGCGAAUAAUUAAAUUGUUGUUAAAAUGUUCCUGAAGAUGAUGGUGUUUUUGUAGUACGUCUUCUGGGUAGUUUCUCAGGAGAGACAUGAUAAAACAGAGUGGAGUGACAAUUUUAUUGAUAAGGUGAAGAUAGCAAGGAGGAAUAGGGUCAUAAGUUAGGCUGUUGGAGAAGUGUCAGACAUAUGCCGCCAGCCGGGCUAUCGGCUAAAGGCUUGUCUACCUUGAUGGACCACGGACAACCCGAUGCUCGUCAUCGGAGCGAGCGACUUCUCUUGCAUCCCGAGAAUGGGGGCUCGCAACCGAAUACACCGAGUACAGCCGCCUCUUCACCGAGAUAUCAUAACGCUCACAACAGGGAAGCCACCUACGGCUAUUCGUAUGAUCGUGCAUCAUCAAACAACAUGUCUGACAGCAGCAUGUCAGAUACACAUAGUGGCGGUACAGCAAGGACUGUGUCUCAACAGACAAGUCCUUCACACGCGACCCACUCGUCAUCCCACUCUAGACAAGAAAAAUGUUCGGUGAUUGUCACAGUAAUGUGGAAAUAUAUUGCACAGAGUGAGGAUGAAUUGACACUUGAACCUGGUGAACAAGUUGAAGUGCUAUCAAAGGAUUCAAAAAUAUCGGGUGAUGAAGGCUGGUGGACUGGUAAAAUUGGUGGAAAAGUUGGCAUUUUUCCGGCAAAUUUUGUUAUUGAAACUGAUCGAAUAUCAAUAUUUGAUCAUGUACAACCGACAGAGAUUGAUUUUCAAGAGUUGGAGCUGGAGGAAGUCAUUGGAGUUGGCGGUUUUGGCAAAGUUUACAGGGGAUAUUGGAGAAAAAAAGAGGUAGCAGUAAAAGCAGCACGUCAAGACCCCGACGAAGAGCCGAGUGUCACUCUGGAGAAUGUCCUUCAAGAAGCCAAACUCUUCUGGCUUUUGAAACACGAAAAUAUCGUCCAACUGGAAGGAGUCUCACUAAAAAUUCCCAACAUGUGCCUCGUCAUGGAAUACGCACGAGGUGGCAGUCUAAACAGAGUCCUCAGUGGUCGUAAAAUUCCUCCCGACGUGUUAGUCGAUUGGGCAAUUCAGAUCGCCCGAGGCAUGAACUAUCUCCACAAUGAAGGACCCAUUCGAUUGAUUCACAGGGAUUUGAAAAGUUCAAAUGUUUUAUUGAGUGAGCCAAUAGAGAAUGAAGAUCUUCAAUGUAAAACCUUGAAAAUCACGGAUUUUGGGUUGGCGAGAGAAGUUGAUAAGACCACAAGAAUGUCAGCCGCGGGAACCUACGCUUGGAUGGCCCCAGAAGUCAUAAAACAAAGUACUUUUAGUACCGCAAGUGAUGUUUGGAGCUACGGCGUUCUAUUAUGGGAGCUUUUGACUGGUGAAACGCCAUACAAAGGCAUCGAUGCACUUGCCGUAGCCUACGGGGUUGCAGUCAACAAACUGACGCUGCCUAUUCCUUCGACCUGCCCUCAACCUUGGAAAUAUUUAAUGCAAGCAUGCUGGUCUUGUGAUAGCCACGGUCGGCCAGAUUUCAUCAAAAUCCUGGAAGGACUUGAUGAUGUUAGGAGUGCUUUUGCUGCUACUCCCCAUGAGUCCUUCCACACAAUGCAGGAAGACUGGAGGCUGGAGAUCGAAGAAGUUCUUCAUGGAUUGCGCAUGAAAGAAAAGGAACUGCGCUGUAGAGAGGAAGAACUGACGAAGGCCCAGGUACAGCAGAGACAGCAAGAGGAAAAUCUGAGGCAGCGUGAGGAGGAAUUGGCAGCUCGAGAAAUUGAUCUGCUUGAACGUGAAAUAACUGUCAUGAUGAUUCAACAGCAGAGUACACCUACACCCAACAAAAGAAAAGGGAAAUUUAAAAAAUCCAGAUUGAAACUCAAUAAGAAGGAACCUGGAAGCAAUAUCAGUGCACCUUCAGACUUUCGCCACACGAUAACCGUUCAGCACACAGCCCUGGAUCGCAAGAACCGGAACCCUUCUCGCCCCAACAGUCCACCAGGCUCACCCUGCAUACCUCGAUUACGUGCAAUUGCUUUACCAGCAGACGGCGUUAAGGGUAAAACCUGGGGUCCGUCAACACUCCAUCAACGUGAACGCGGUGCAAUAAUCACACAACCACCGAAUCCAGCAUCCCCUGGUGGUAAAAGAUGGUCACGUUCAGCGCCAGAUCUUGAAAAGACACCAUUACGAACAGCAUUACUGGCAAAUGCUCAACGUUCCCCGCUUCUACAAGAAAUAGGCCUUUCCGAGGAAAAUAUCCAUUCUGCGCAUUAUUCAACGUUACCAGCGGAUAUAUCCACGGAGUGGAUACAGACGGAUUAUCCAUUGAAACCGGGUCUUACCUCACCGUAUAUUAUGCCAAUGCCGGUGCCAAUGCCAACGCUAUAUAAUGGAGAAGCUAAAAAACCAAAAUUAGGAGCAAUUGAGUUAUUGUUGUACAACAUUGCUGCAAUGCUCGCAGGGGUAGCUACGGGUUUCGAUGUCAGGAUGACGAAUGUCUCACCAAUUCAUCCGAGAUUACAGCCCAGGAGUGUCUGCGAUGAUGAAGAAACAGGGAAAUGGUGGAUUGACAAUGGCUCCAAUCGAAAUUCGCCGUACUUGGGGGAUGGCUAUGAAUUCAGCUCAAGUAGUGGAUAUCCGCACAAUACUUACCACGGACCUGCACGUCAUUACAGACCUUUUUUGAGUUCAAUGGGUGGUAUAGGUCCUGGUCUCCCUUUAAACGUGGAAAAACCUCUUAGAUUCACAGACUCACCUCAGCAUUAUGCCUGUAACAGUACAACGGGUUCAAAAGUCCCAACACCAAGGCCACGAAGAAAGAGUUCAAGUGCGAGUGUGAACGAUGAAGUCUAUUCAGCUGAAAUUGCUCGGGUAGAUCGAAUGGAGAGGGUGCCAGCUAUUUACAUGGGGAACGUACCUCCUUAUCCGGAGUAUGGUCCACCAGUUUACACCAUUGUGCCUCCUGACUGGAAUUAUAAGCCACCACCAGAGUCCCCGUAUUAUUUGGCUCCUGAUUACCAUGACAGAAUGGUAGAAUGCCAGGAGUUUCCCCACGCCUAUGACAAUCCCAACAGCUUGAACAGUCUCGUCAGAGGUGCCUCCCGGGUCCCAGCCUACACUCAUCAUCGGACAUCAUCAAAUGUCUCCAAUACGAGCACCUCCAGCAACGUAAAUCCUACAUUCCACCUCGAAGAUGAGUCCGAAUAUCCCCCUUACUCCCCCAGCCACUAUUAUCAACGCCUAUCAAAUGCUCCCUGUACAAAUUUUGGAUAUCAAAUUCAGGACCACAGCUCUUCCCCUCAUCCCUACCUCAGUCGUCAAAGUUCUCACGAAAUUAAUUUAAAUACAGGAGAGAGACCAAGUAAUUUGGAAGUUGUCACUAGAUUGCGAUCGAGUUUGAAGAAGGCCAAUUACACGUAUUCACCGAAUAAAAGCACAAGUAAAAAUAAUUCUGGCUCAGGAACACCGACCAAUCAUACACCCCCUGACUCAUUAACGUCUGAGGACUCGAGUUACGUGUCUGCUAAGGACAGCCAGAUAUCGAGUAGCCGGGUUAGGUUUUCUCCUGUAACAUUUGAUCGAGAUAUUCCACGUGAUCAUCUUGAUAUUGCUCAUACACCUGGACAAGAGACAAUCACAUCACCCCUUCACACUAGUCGUCGUUUGUCUAGAAAUCGUAAGCCCAGUAUCUCAGAUCUCGACAGAGAAUUUUUGUCAUAGCACUGGCUCAUUUAAGCCCCUUUCUCCUAAUUCAUCUGGCAUUUUCAUCUUGCAUUACGUAUUCAUUAUUAGUAUUCUGUUUUAAGAGUUUCAGGAGAGGGGUACAAAUAAUGUAUGCAAAUACAAAAAUUCAUCGGCUAUUUCAGAGAAGAGUGAAGAGUAUUUACUCGGUUUUUUAAAUUAAAAAAUACACUCGUGAAUGAGAAAUUAUCUUUGAUGCUAUUGAAAUCUGCAGACAUUUACCAUGAAAACUCAAUGUUUCACAAAUACUUGUCAUGGAAAAUCGGAUUAAAAAAUAUUUAAAUGUUGUAGAUAUUCACAUUCGCUCUCGAUGCUCUCUUCACAAUUAACAUCCACAAUAACCGACUGAUAGACUCGAAAAUUGAAGAACAAGAAAAGAAUCCUCUUCCAAAUAUUUGUAACGUUCGAAUGAACACUGCCUUCCUCAAGAAACUACUUUAGAAAUAUAGGAAUGAAUGUUGGAAAUUCCAUUAGAAAGUACUUUUUAGAAUCGCAAUAAAAUCAUCAUAAACAUUCCAUUUACAUUGGAAAUUAUCUCAUUAACGUAAUCAAAAACAGUCGCAUUGUGUAGGUCUUGUGUGAAAAAAAAAAUCGCUCGAAGUAUAGGAAUUAUCAGUAUUUUCUAGUGCAUUUGAUGUAUAUAAAGUACACAUUCCGUAUUAUCAAGUAAAUGCAUUCGAAUCGAAAGACUUUAACGUUCCAAUGUGGCCCUCAAAGCGUAUGUGCGGCAUUUUGCCUGUUUUUAAAUGAAACAAAUAGGAGACAUAAAUUUUUAUGGUGUUCAAGUAUGAUAUUCUGCGGUGCUAGCUAUCACGUAUGUACUUAUUGAACUCCCAGAUCUGAGGAAAUGGUUUAUACGAUGCUCCAUUACUUCUCAUCACACAUUAUUAUUUCCGAAAGAGAAAAUUAUGUGAAUAGUAAAGACAGCGUUGAAUAGAGAGGAAUUCAUGGAUGACGUACUUGCAGAUUAUUUUAUGAAUAUUUUCUGAUUGUCUUUUGACGAUUUUUUAGUCAAUUCAGUCGAGUAUUUUCACAUGAUAAUCUGCAUAAAAUUAGUAGUGAUCUUUCUCUCUCUGUUAUAUUUCCCAGAUUCAAUUGGUACGUUUAUAAAUUGAACUGUCGGCUGCUAAUGACACUGCUGUGUAAUGUAACGCACUUAACGACAAAAGAACUAGUCUAAGUUAUAUUUAUUUUCUAUCAAUUAUAGUGUAUUUAUGUAUAAUCUUUCGAAUUGAAAAUUCGAUUAGUUACCGUCUUAACUGUCAAACUGUUUUUUAAUGCUUAAUUUAUCUAAACGUGAAUAGUCAAUUUUAGUCGUUAUUCAAUGGAGGGAGAAUUCAAUUUAUUUUUCAUCCAUCGAGACUAACUGUAUUAUGGUACUCAUUGAUCAUUUUAGAAUAGAGUGAAUUGCACCUAUUUAUGAAAAAAAGAAAGUCGACUUAUAAUUAUGUUUGUUGUUUUUUUAAAACAACCUACAACACAGUUGAUGAUUUUUCCAACGUCUCGUACAGUUUCUUUUCUUAAAAUUUAUACAGAUCACAGUUGAGGAAAAAUUAUUAAACACAAUCAUCAAUAAGUGCUGGAAGAGAAUUUGUAAAUUAUUAAAGAAGUGGUAAAAUGAUUGGACUUGAAGGGAUUCUUCUUAUUAGUUGAUUGUUGAGUUUUCCAUUGAAUCUCCAAAUGUCCGUUUUGUAGGUCAUUUCCUGAUGAUCAAAUUUUCAUAUAGAACCUCUUGUCACCUAAAUAAUUAACUAAUCAAAGAAGAUUCAAGGCUCGAUAUGUUCAAUACUUUUAAUUUACCACUCAACUAGUGAAAUGAUUUUGCGAAAAAUAAGUAGGUUUAAGAGGUGGCAUUCUAAAGCGCUGAGUGCAAUGUGUUCCCUAUUUUUUAAUUAACGGGGAGAGAAGGAAAUAAAAUAAUCAUUCCGACUGCUUGAAUAUACGCCUUACAAAAGUUGUAUUUAUGUAUGAAAGCAUUGCAAAUUAGUUCCAUAAACUUGUGUGAUUGAUACUGAUAUUGAAUGUAAUAUUUUAAAUUCCAUGAAAAUAUUAACGAAUGAGGCAUUUUUGAAUACAGAUACCCCAAUUAAUGAUUUGCUAAAUUUGAUGAUUAUUCCCAGGGGAAAAUCAUGUGAAAUUUCAGGAGUCCGACCUACACUAAAGGUUGAGGUAUUUUUUCAAAACAUUGUACAUUACUAUAUAUAAAGUAUCGUUAUGUUGAAAAUCAUAUAUGGUUGACUUCGUCAAUUAUCGCUGUGAGUUUCUACCGUCAAAAUUGUAACUAUUUUCGAGUUAAUUUUUGUUCUCAUUUUCAUUAUUUAUGGAAAAUCCAUUUCUUCUCUUUCGAUCGCAAAAUGAUUUUAUCAUUCAAUUUAAAUUUCUGAUUUUAGAUUUUAUAUUUUUAAUUUUCAAUUGAAAUGUGAAUUUUUUAAGCUGAGGGUUUUAAACUUCUUGAUAGAUGGAUCUAAUUGAAAGGAAUCUUAAGUAAAAGAAGACAGAAUUGUCACUAGUACUUUGAAAUUAAAUUAUUUGAAACGAUGGAAAUAAUGAGGAGCCUCGCUAAAACGCAAAUUUUGAAGAUAUGAAACCGCACAAAUAAUUAACGUAAUCAUGCAUAUGUAUGUGCUACAAAUUGUAAUUAUUAUAUAUAAAAGAAAAAAAUUUGAGUAUUAAUGUCUGUGUAAUAUUAUUCGGCAUCCCAUGAUGAUGUCUUAAUAAUAAUUAUGAUAAUAAUAAUA